CAACCAAAUGCAAACGAUGCUUAGUAUCAUCAAAUCACGCCCCCUUAACCCCUUAUUUCGCUUCAUCUCUCUCCUCCCAACCGCCACCACUACACCACAGUCAUUCUCCACCUCACCAUCCAAAACCCCACUCCAGAACCAAUUCGAGACAUGGAUCAACCAUCUCAAACCGGGCUUCACCCCUUCCGACGUCCACCGAGCCCUGCAGGCUCAAUCAGACCCAGACCUCUCCCUCGACAUCUUCCGCUGGACGGCCCAACAGCGCAACUACACCCACACUCACCUCACCUACCUCACCGUCAUCAAACAACUCAUAGCCGGCCGCCGCUACCGCCAAGCCGAAACUCUAAUCCACGAGGUCUUCGCCGGCGCCUGCGACCCCUCUGUCGAGCUCUACAACGCCGUCAUCCGGUUCUGCUGCGGCCGCAAAUUCCUCUUUAGCCUCGCCUUCGACGUCUAUAAGAAGAUGCUCAGGUCAGAGGAUUCCAAACCCACUCUCGAAACCUAUUCCCUUUUGUUCAAUUCACUUCUUAGAAGGUUCAAUAAGCUCAAUGUUUGUUAUGUUUACUUGCAUUCUGUGAGGUCCAUGACUAAGCAAAUGAAGGCCAAUGGUGUUAUUCCUGAUACUUUUGUCCUCAACAUGAUAAUCAAAGCUUAUUCCAAGUGUUUGGAGCUUGAUGAGGCCAUUAAGGUUUUUCACGACAUGGGCUUGUAUGGCUGUGAGCCGAAUGCUUAUAGUUAUGGAUAUAUUGCAAAAGGUUUGUGUGAGAAGGGUAGGGUAAAUCAGGGAUUUAAGUUCUUUGUGGAGAUGAGGGAUAAGGGUUUUGUGCCGAGUGCGAGUGCUUAUCUGAUAAUCAUUUGCAGUCUUGCCAUGAAUCGGAGGUUUGAGGAUGCCAUUGAGGUUCUGUUUGAUAUGUUGGAGAACUCUAAGUCCCCUGAUCACUUGACUUAUAAGACUGUCCUGGAGGGAUUGUGUCGCGAGGGGAGAGCCGACGGGGCUUUUGAUCUGCUUGAUGAGUGUAGGAAGAGGGAUGUUAACAUGAAUGAAAAGAUGUAUAAGGCUUUGUUGAGAGAAUUGCACUAUAUUUGCAGGGAGGGGGAGUAGAUACUGUGCUUGUUGUUCCUUUUGUCUCGAAAUGCAUAAGUUGUCGAAUUCAGUUAUAGGGAUUGGUUGAAACUUCUUAAAAUGCUGAUUAAGUGGAACAUCUUGCUUUGAAAAUUUCUCGUAACUUCUUUUGAAGUGAAAUCCCUUCCAUCGAGUUACAAUAUUUGCUCUGGUGAUGAUGAUAUUGCAGAAGGUGUCACUUGUGACAAGGGUAUGAUGAUGUUAUGUAAACCACGGCUUACACGCUUGCAUAAUUGCUUACCCCCGUUGAGGCAAAUAUUGGUAAGUAAUUCCGAUCCAUGUUCUUGCUGUAGAAGUUUCCUAUAAGUACUAUUUUGAACGAGAAUCUUAUGAUACCAUUUAAUGGACUCUAUCAAGUAUUCAUCAGAAUGGUUUUUGUUUCAUAAACUGAAAUGAGAUGUAGCUUAGAAGUUGAAUCUUGUCUUUUGCUAUAUCAGAUACAAAGUUGUAUAUUUAAAAACCGGAUCUUUUUUUCUUCUUUUUUUCAAUAAUUGUUUUGGUUGAGGGAAGUCACCUUGUGAAGAUGACUGA